AGAGAGACCAGCAGCUGUGACGGACCUGAAGUGCUCCAUCGUCUUUUGCAGUGAGAAGCGCAUCAAAAUGGAGGCUGUCUGGGCGGCCAUGUUUCUCCUGCUGCAGAUGACGUCUGCUUUGAGCAUAAUGGGCUAUGUUCCAUCACAGUCCUCCAUAAACUCACGCUCAAAGCGUUCUGAGGGACACACUUGCAGUCCAGAACUUGUGGACAAUUUGGCCAAAACUGCAAAGGACACUUGUUCACAAGUGGAGGUUGUCGACAAUUAUAUUAGCAACAUCCAGGCCAGACAAGAAGUUCCGGUUCCAUCUUUCGCUGACCGCCAUGGCUUCAAAGCCAUCCUCGGUCAGUACAACGGAGACCUCAAGACGGCUCAAGGACACUGCCACCCAUGGAGGAAUGGUGACAAUGUUGUCGCUUCUCUGAAGCAAGUGGUCAUGGCUGCACAGGGAUUCGAACCGAAGUUCACCGAAGAGCUUGUUAAGAAUCAGGCCAGGAUUAAGAAUCUUCUCGAAAACCACGAAGAUAUUGCAGCAGUGGAAGCCACAAUGGCGGCAUUGCAGAAGGAUAUAUCAGAGGCUAGAGAAGUUAUCAAGGCUACUCAAGCUCAAACAGUGAUUUCACAUCUGGAAAGUGUUAUCAGAACCAAAGAACAAGAAAUCAAUACUAAGAUGGCAGAACACAACAUUACACAAGGAAGACGUGAAUUGGAUGAACUGGUGAAAUAUCUUGAGUUUGUGAAGGCCGGAGCUGUGGAUAUUCAAAGCCAAGCUAACACUGCCAAUACCAAGAUCACCACCUUUAGAGAAAAUCUCAUUAGAGAUGCCGGUGCCUUCAAGAGACACCGCACAAACGCCGAAGAAGGAAUUGUGAAGUUGCAGCAAGAGAAACAGAACAAUAAUAAUGCCAUCAACAGCAACCAACAAAGCAUUAACAACUUGAGAGCAAGCAUCACCCAAGAAAACAGCCAGAUCGCCUCACUUCAUGCUCAGAUUGCGCAGGCGCAGAGAGAAAUCAAGGAAAUUGAAGAUCGCAUCAACAGUAAUAUGAGAAGGGUGACGAAGAAGAAGAAAUUCGGAAGAUGGUUCCGAUUCGUCCCAGUCGUUGGAUGGACCAUUGGAAAUCAGUUCUACAAGGACGCCAAAGAAAGAGAAGAGCGACUGGCCAAUGAAAAGAGACAUUUUGUUGCUGAGGGCAAUCGUCAGAUCCAGAACCUCCAGGCCCACAUUGCUACACGCAACCAGGAAAUCAAUCGCCAUCAGCAGCAGAUCAACAGCCUUGAAGUAAAAAACCGAGAACUCGAACAGGAACUGCAGCACUUCAGUCAGCUCGACGGGAAUCUUCGCAGCCUUGAAAGUGAGGUUAACGCCAUCCUGCCAUCCAUCGCAAGUGCUGUCAGUGGAGUCGGGAAGAUGAAGGAAACCUUCGACUCUAUUCAGCAAAACUUAGGAAGUGCCAUUGCACGAGCUAAGGAAGCCAAAACGGAAGCUGAAAUACAAAAUAUGCGGUACUUCAUCUACAAUGAAAUCGAAGACAUCAAAUGCAAGUGGAAUAGUGCAAGGGAUAAAAUUGUUUUAGUUGGAAAAUGUAACUGAAUGUAAGGUACCUGUCCUUAAAUGAUAAAAUUAAGAUUUGUUCUGAGACAUUUAUUUAAUGCAAUAUGUUCCUACUGUCACUUAUCUAAGUCAGAGUCUAGUCCUUGUUUUCAAAUAUGUACAAAAACACCAAGUACUGAAUUGCUUUCUUGCCUCCUGCUGGUUCUCUCAGUGCAUUAGUCACGUGAUCCCUGUGAUAGUAAAGCAUAUUUUCAUAAGCUUUCGAAGGUGACACAUACACCAACUGAAACUGGAUUGUGCCUGUCCUGGGUCUUUCACUGUCACGCUGUUUUGUUAAAUGUUUUCUUAACGGUAAUGGAUUUUUUUAAAAUUGAAAAAUGUGGAAAAGUCAAAUUUGUCAAUGUUUUGCUUUAAUAAACAAAUAAAAGAAAAAACAUCUCA